AUGGUGGCGCGCAGGAGGAAGCGUGCGGCGCGGGACACCGAAGAGGGGAUUCCGAGCCCCCCGGGCUACUCAGCCAUUCCAAUCAAGUUCUCCGAAAAGCAGAAGGCUUCUCAUUACCUGUACGUGAGAGAGCACAGAGUUCGAGAAGGCACCAAGUCUUCCUGGCCGCAGAAGAGGACCCUCUUUGUCCUCAAUGUGCCCCCUUACUGCACCGAGGAGUGCCUGGCCUGCCUCCUCUCCCCCUGUGGCCCCGUCCAGUCCGUGGAAUUGCAGGGGAAGCCCGAGCUCACCGACAGUGCCAAGGAGCCAAAGUCGAAGUUUUUUCACCCCAAGCCUGUUCCGGGCUUCCAGGUGGCCUACGUGGUGUUCCGGAAGCCGAAUGGGGUGUCGGCUGCCUUAGCCCUGAAGGGCCCUUUGCUGGUCUCCACAGAGAGUCGCCCCGUGAAGAGCGGCAUUCACAAGUGGAUCAGUGACUACACAGACUCCGUGCUGGACCCGGAGGCCCUGCGAGUGGAAGUGGACACAUUCAUGGAGGCGUACGACAGGAAGAUGGCCGAGGAGGAAGCUAAGGCCAAGGAGGAGGAAGGGGUCCCGGACGGUGAGGGCUGGGUGAAGGUGACACGCCGUGGCAGGCGGCCCGUGCUGCCCCGGACGGAGGCAGCCAGCCUGCGGGUGCUGGAGAGGGAGAAGCGGAAGCGCGCCCGCAAGGAGCUGCUCAACUUCUAUGCCUGGCAGCACCGCGAGACCAAGAUGGAGCAUCUAGCACAGCUGCGCAAGAAGUUCGAGGAGGACAAGCAGAGGAUUGAGCUGAUGCGGGCCCAGCGCAAAUUCCGUCCCUACUGA